GACCGUAUAUUCUAUUUUGAUAGCUAAAUCAGGCAAUUUGAUGACGUAUGUACCAUAUACCUCUUAUUGCUAGACCAACAUGUUUUCCUGUCAGUUUGGCAACAGCUGUUGAUGGAAAGUCAUGGCAGAUGCAAUAAGACAGAUGUUCCGGCCAGUUAUUAUUUUAUACUUUGUGACGUCAGUAAUUGCGUGUCCCCACAAUGACGUCACUUUAUCUCGAUGGAGCGAUAGCAAUACCUGGCCUGAUAACAAGCUUCCCGAAGCUGGCACUAACGUCAGCAUCACCGGCAAUGUACUUUUGGACAUGUCACCUCCGCCAUUGUUCGGAGUAACGGUGGAGACAAAUGGCAAGCUCGUGUGGAGUCCAGAGGGAGAUUUCACAAUGAUUGCAAACUUCAUUCAUUUGAAAGGAGAGCUCCACAUUGGUUCAGAGACCUGUCCAUUUGAGGCAAACGCUCGGAUUUCUUUGACCGGUGAUCGACAAGAAUACUCCGUUCCUAAAUUUGGUCAGAAGUUUGUCGGGGUGGACGAUGGAGGAACUUUGGAAAUCCACGGGAAAAAGAAGCUGGCGUGGACCAAACUAGCCCAAACUGUUCCCCGACUAGAGAAGACCAAUGGUUUGAUCUUCUCCUCUACCGAAGACCGUCCUAUGGGAUAUCAUUCAGAGGGGCUGGCUAUUUACACAUUUAACGAUGAUGGCGGUCUCUACAAACAUAAAGUAUAUUCUACUAGUGGUGUGACAGCUGAUGAGGCUGCUGGAGCCGUUAAUGGUAUCGUGUCUCAUCUCUCGGGUAUUCCCGAUGGCAAACUUGUCAUGAUGGCGGUUCAGUACACAAUGGUUUCGGACCAACUCCAGGUCGAUCUGUCUCCAGUGUUUGCCGCCAUUGAGACGAUAGCUGGUAUCCCUCAAGGUCAAGGUCAGAUAAGACGUAUUACCAGAUUCGAUGCUUACUCUCUGGUUGCUGUAAAAGGUGACCCAACGAAAACAAUGGAGACACUGACCCCUGUCCACCAUUAUCAUCAAAUAGCAGAGUCCAGCUUGGAAAUCAAUGGCCUGAAGAUGGUCGCAAUAAGCAAAACUACUUCCAAACAAGUGAAAACCUGGGAAAAUCACAGAUUUGAUUUCAGGAUCGUGGGGAAAGACGCUUCUGUUCUUGUUUUGGAUCUAGUUGAUGACGUCAGCUCAUGGAAAGAAGGUGAUCGCCUAUUACUGACCUCGACUGACUACAGCAUGGAAAAAGCUGAGGUGGCGACCAUUGUUAGAUGUACGGACUGCAGUAGUAAACAGGUCAAAGUUGCACUCCUUCCGAAAUUCAUGCACUACAGUGGAGUGGAAAAUAACGUUGAUAUGAGAGGCGAGGUGGCGCUGCUGUCGCGAAAUAUCGUUAUAGAAGGCGUUAUGAAUGCCUUUUGCCCUACCGUUAACGAAAAUUGUAAUGACUACGAUUUCGACACGUUCGGCGGUCACGUGAAGGCUGUUAAAGGGUUUAAAAACGUACACAUUGAAGGGGCCGAGUUCUACCACUUGGGCAAACAGACAGACCUAGGUCACUACCCGAUCCACUUCCACAUGUGUGAGGAUGUGGAUGGUCCAGAGUAUCCUAAUCCACCCUACAUCAGGGAUAACUCAAUCCACCACACCUUCGCCAGGUGUGUCACGGUUCAUGGAACUCACGGUCUCACGGUAAUGGACAACGUUGGUUACGAGUCUCUUGGUCACUGCUAUUUCCUGGAGGACGGCGGGGAAAAGAGAACAGUUUUUGAUGGAAAUCUCGGAGCUAGUACCAGAUACGGGAAGCUGAUUCCUUCUGAUGCGGAACCAACCACGUUCUGGAUUACCAACCCCAAUACAAUAUUACGGAACAAUGUUGCCGCCGGAAGUGAGAGAAAGGGCUAUUGGUUUAUAUACCCCGAUAUUCCACUUGCUGGAUCCGCUACGAAAGGUUAUAUGCAGAGAGAAGAGGCUCGUCACACUGCUAUCACGGAGUUUACCAAUAACGUCGCGCAUUCAAACAAGAAUGGAUUUUUUCUGGACAACCGCCUGGAUGAAAACACCGGUGCAAUUAUAUCAAAUAACUUUUACCAUCCAAGGGAAAACCCACUCGAUGAAAACUCAGCUAACAAACAUGUUAUCAUCGAUAGGCUUACUGCCUAUCAAAACGCACGCAAUGCCUGGGUCAGGGGAGGUUGGAUUACGCUGACAAGAGCCUCAUUAGCCGGCAGUCAAACGUCACUCAUACUUGUUGGGUCGUGGAAUCUAAAACAGUUCCUUUCAAAAAGCGUUGUUUUGGGAGAGACGGAUAACAUUGGCGACCCUGACUGGGGAACUGGAGUGGAUGGCUGGAAAAUGUUGCCACAUUCUUUGCCGCAAAAGAAUUAUAAUCUGCCCAUACAAGGCGUGGCGUAUUAUGAUGGACCUUCAUAUGUAUUUGAUACCUUCUUUGGAAAUUUUACAACAAAUCAAAACAGGAAGGCAGGUGCCUUAGGGUUUAAGAGGAAUAACAAAUUCUCUACCCCGUCAAUCAGCGGCACCAAGAAUAUCAAAUUUGGAUUCUCCGACGGAAUCCUCACAGGUAACAGGGUGUAUGAUGGUAACAGUAGUAUAACCGGAUUCGCCGAUUUCGAUGGCGACAUUGCCGCCAAAUUUGUAGACCUGGAUGGAACUGUAACAACCAUCGCCGAAAGUUCCGUUGUUAGGUCCGACCCGUAUAUGAUAACGUCCCAGUGCACGUUUCGUGAUUCAUGGAACCUGGUGAUUUGUCCUCACAGAUAUAUAGAGAUGAAUUUUUUCGUCAUGUCGGCCGGAGAUUCACACCUUAAACCAUAUGCGUCACGUGAUGAUGUACCUGAAAGUCCCAGGCAUCUUACACCCAGUGACUUCGUGGGUAGGCUUUCAAUGAUAGCGGACGGAAAACACAGCUACUCGGUACACUGGGCGGACAAAUCUCCUUCUGAAUAUCAAAUCAUGAUGAGCGGAAUGGACAAGAGAUUCCCAAUACGGAUUGGCUUUUGUCUGCCACGCAACGCUAAGUUCAACCUUUUCACAUGGUAUCCUACAGUUAGUUGGGGUAUAGCGUUCUGGACCGAGGUUAACAGUAUACAGGAGAUCGACGAUGACACUGUAGGGGGAAAGUACUACUUCAACAGCAAUACGGGAAUGCUGUACGUGAAGAUGAUGACCCCGGAGGAUCGCGCUGGGACUGAUUACUAUGACUGUCAAGGCAAAAAUUGCCCUAACAUACGUAUACGCAUCACAGAAGGGGAUCUGACCGACGCAGAUUGUAGCCAACGAGAUACACCCACACCUCCAGCUCAGAUGCCGGUUAUGGAAAAAAGCCUCAAUCAAAACUCAUUGAGCACAUAUUAUAGCGCACCGGACCAGGAUUGGGGAGCUGGUCUAACUGUUCCCUUUGCCACGAGACAAGUGGUGGAUGGUCAAUAUAGUAACUGGACGGAAUGGGGAGAGUGUAGCGCCUUGUGUGGAGGUGGUCAGUCUGUGAGGAUCCGGGCGUGCGACAAUCCUAGCCCAAAACACGGAGGCAAAGACUGUGUAGGUCCCAGCCAAGAAACAAAAUCUUGUAAUGCCCAACAUUGUCAUGAUGACAUUGGAGGACCGUUUCGAUUUUGAAUAAUGCUAUAGCUAUUAAUGGUGGAUUUGGACAGUGGUCAUCCUGGUCAUUAUGUAAAGGAAUCAUUAGCUGCAAGGGCUAUCAGGAACGAUCACGUGACUGUAACUCUCCUGUCCCAGAAUUUGGCGGGGAGUACUGUGAAGGGUACUCAAAGGAAAUACAAAGGUGUACCCAGAUUGGCUGUGAGUGAACUAGUACAACAGACAUGUCGCUCUCGAUGAUUUAUCUCUUUAUAAAUAAAAUGUAUAGCAGA